AUGUCACUAACGGAAGACUCAAUGGGGCAUUUGUUAGCUAAACAGUUUAAAGCUGUUUUUGACGGCAAACCGGGGUUGAUACGUAAUUUCGCGGUGCGACUCCAAUUAAAAGAUACGGCUGUUCCAAAAUCGUUUCCAGCUCGUCGAGUGCCAUUUCCGUUACGCAGAGCGGUUGAACUAGAACUGGAUCGCCUUGUGGCUGUUAAGAUUUUAGAGCCCAUCGAUUCCUCUAUAACUAGGGUGCCAUGGGAAACUCCAACAGUAAAUGUCAGGAUAAACAAUGGCGAGAUUUGUAUCUGCGCAGAUUUCAAGCUAACUUCUAAUCAAUCUGAUACAGAAAUUUUAUUUAAACUUUUAGAUCAUGAAGACACAAACUUAGUAUUUAAUAAGUUAAAGGGACCCUUUGCUUUUAUAUAUUGGCAAGAGAUAAUAGCAUGUCCUUAUAGAUUACUAUCUACAACCCAAAACUUUGGUCAAUCUUAUCUGGAUGUCAUGUCUAAUAUUUUUUCAAGAACUUCCAAGAAUAAGGAAAUAUUAUCGCAGUUCACUUACCUUUUGUAUCGUUCUGCCCACCUAAGAUUGAGAUCUUCUGUUGUGCCAAAACUAUGCAGACGUUGCAAAUCCCAUCCCAAUCAUGCAAUGAAUUACAAUGCUUUUGGUCUAAAUCACAAUAACAAUAUCAAUGGUAAAAACUUUGAUUGUGCGCAUUCCAAGAUAGCCAUUUUAUUUAGCGGGGGCAUUGAUUGCCUGAUAUUAGCUUGCCUCAUUGACGACUUAGUUGAUACAAAGGACAGUAUCGACCUCCUAAACGUCGUAUUUUAUGAUGAUCAGAAACCAAGAUGGGGCAAAUUGAUCUACUGUAAAACUAAAACUUACUCGAAAGAUAAUGUCACCCGUGAUCUAAACACUGAUAUAGAUGGCGCUAAGGAUAGGAUAAACGCGAAAAAGGCUUAUGAAUAUCUUGGGCGGCGCUCGAAGGGGAUACGGAAUUGGAAUUUUGUAGAGGUGGAUGUUAGUAAAGAGACACUGCUUUCAAAAUUAGACGAAAUCAACCAAUUAAUGUUGCCCGGAACUGGCAAUACCAUUCUAGAUGGCAGUAUAGGCCCCGCUUUUUACUUCGCAGCGCGAGGCAUAGGUAAUACAUUAGAACGAGAUCGGGUUCAUACUGAAGAAGGAUACGUUGAAUCGAUCACAGGCAGUGCAUUUUAUGAUAGUCCGGCUCAAGUUCUCUUUUCCGGGUUCGGUGCCGAUGAACUAUUGGCCGGUUACACAAAACAUCGAAUGAUAUUUAAACACGGUGGUUUAGAUGCUUUACAGAAAGAAAUUCUCAAUAGCGUUAAAAAUAUGUACGAAAGAAAUUUAGGAAGAGAUGAUAGGGUCAUUAGCUGUCACGGUAAAGAAGUGAGAUAUCCCUAUUUAGAUGAAGACCUCGUUUCUUUCUUAUUAUCUCUUCCCGUCGAAUACAAAGCAGAUCUAAACCUACCACCUGGCAUCGGAGAUAAGAUGUUAUUAAGAACUUUAGGCAAAGCGAUGAGCAUACCCGAAAAUUUAUGCAGCUUACCCAAGAAAGCUAUUCAGUUUGGGUCGAAUAUUGCCAAAAUACAAUAAAAUAAAUAUUAGCAGGAAUUUGGGAUAAUU